AUGUCUUACCAACAGCAGCAGUGCAAGCAGCCCUGCCAGCCUCCUCCUGUGUGCCCACCCCCAAAGUGCCCUGAGCCCUGUCCUCCCCCAAAGUGCCCUGAGCCCUGUCCUCCCCCAAAGUGCCCUGAGCCCUGUCCACCCCCAAAGUGCCCUGAGCCCUGUCCUCCCCCAAAGUGCCCUGAGCCAUGCCCCCCUCAGCCAUGCCAGCAGAAAUGCCCUCCUGUGCAACCUCCUCCACCCUGCCAGCAGAAGUGUCCACCCAAGAGCAACUAAGGCAUUCAGCAGUCAUCAGGACCAAGAGAAGAUAAAGAACAUGAUUUCAUCACUUCCAUAGCAACACCAUCUUCCCUCCAAAGCCUGUCAAAGAUCCUGAAGAUUCUUCUCUACCCUUUAUCCUUUAAUCUGC